AUGAUGGGAGCUAACGUCCUCCCGCUGCCCGCGCAGUUGAGCUCGCGGUCAGCAACAACUAGUCCAACCCACUCGAACUUCACAGGAACGCCCUCGUUAACGGAAACCAUCUCCAAUUUUCUACCAUCCCGGUCGGCUCGUCGCCAGACCGUGUGCUUCGAUUCCCUCGAUUCCCUCUCCCGCGAGGUAACCUUCCCGAAACAGAGUCGCAGGGACUCGAUCCUCAGAAAGCUGGCGGGGCCACGUGAAAACGCGAAGCGGUUCCUUCGCUUGCGCUCGUCUGGAGUCCAGGCGCCUUCACUACGCCUUACCCCGCGUGGUGUACGACCAGUCUCGGAGAUUAUCAUCGCUUCCUCCCCACCGACAUCGGUCGACUUGGAUCCCGAUAUGCGUUCCGAAUCCUCCUCCACUACGGACGUGAUGCCCCGGACUGUGUCGGAUCAGGAUGUCUCGUCGUCUGAUUUGACCACACCAUUUACGCCCUUACAUAAUGAGAAGAUUGUUGCUACUGGCAGUGGGAUUUCUGUCGGCAUCGCUCUGACAGAGCCGGUGCUUUAUUUGCAGGGUUAUGACCAGCAUGACCCGAGUAGUAAAAAGUCCGCUAUUUUACGUGGACAACUACAUUUGAAAGUGACCAAGUGCAUUAAGAUCAAGAAGAUCUCGAUCUGUUUCCGCGGCCAUGCCCAGACCGACUGGCCAGAUGGCAUCCCGCCCAAGAAGAUUCAUUUUCACGAUAAGAAGGAUCUUGUCACUCACGGCGUGAUCUACUUUAACCACGGCGAUACCGCUCUCAUGCAGAAUGAUUACGGCGCGCAUUACUACCAGCACGCCAAACCGAUAUCAGCCGUACCAGGCAAGGAUGUAGUGACCAUGUCAACUCGAGAGCUCUUCUCCAACCGAAGCUCCGUCACUACUCUCGCUCCACCUACCAGCCGAGAAACCAAGCGCCUCUCCCUGCAGACGAAUCGCGGCCACUCGCGCAGUUUCAGCAGGAAUGAGCCCCCGACCACCCAACCCCAGCCUCAGCGCAACUACCGCAUGUUCCCUGUGGGCGAUUAUCUCUACAGCUUCGAGUUCCCCAUCGACGGCUCAUUGCCCGAGACGAUCAAAACAGAUCUUGGAUCUGUACGUUAUGACCUGGAAGCGAUGGUAGAACGAUCAGGCGCGUUCCGACCCAACCUUCUGGGCACCAUGGAGAUUCCAGUGAUCCGCACUCCGGCCGAGGGAUCGCUGGAACAAGUCGAGCCGAUUGCGAUCUCACGGAACUGGGAGGACCAACUACAUUAUGACAUUGUCAUCUCAGGAAAGUCGUUCCCGUUGGGCUCGCAGAUCCCGAUUGCGUUCAAGUUGACACCACUCGCGAAAGUGGAAUGUCACCGCAUCAAGGUGUACGUGACGGAGAACAUUCAGCACUGGACUGCAGACAAGAGUGUCCAUCGCUUGCAACCAGCGAAGAAGGUUCUGCUGUUUGAGAAACGCGCCGACUCGUCUAGUGUGAGCACAUACCCCGGUAGCUCCAUGCGUGUCACUGCAGGCGGCGGCAUCGACUGGGAUCACCGCGCAGCCGCCGCAAGAGGCGAGGAGAUCGUGGAUCGAAACCGAACGAAUCUGCUGGGCAAUCUAUCCAACGACUCCGGCGUCGGUCCGACUGAAAUGGAAUUCAAUGUGCAACUCCCAAGCUGCCACGAAAUGAAGGGCCGUGAUGAAGGCCAGCGCCUCCACUUCGACACAACAUACGAAAACAUCCAGAUCAACCACUGGAUCAAGAUCGUCCUCCGCCUCUCCAAGGUCGACGAAAGAGACCCCACAAAACGUCGCCACUUCGAAAUCUCCAUCGAUUCGCCCUUCCACAUCCUCUCCUGCAAAGCAACCCAAGCAAACAUCUACCUCCCAGCCUACACCAACCCUGCCACCGACCCGGAACCCCCAGCCCAAGAAUUCGAAUGCGGCUGCCCAGGCGCACCCCCCGCGCCCCGCGAUAGAAUUCCAACCCCCUCAAUCUCCGACCGCGAAGAUAGCAACCCAAAUCUUGCCCGCCGCGGCUCAACGGGGCACACCUUCGCCCGCAGUUUCACCAACGGCUCGGGCGGUCUCGCCAGGCCCCCACAGGCCCACCUCGCCAACCCAGGCCUGGACCGCGGGCUUAACCCGCCUAGACCGAUGCAUCUUCUCCGCGCCCCGUCUUAUGCUCCCCCGCCCUUUGAGGAUGUACCCCCUCCUCCGCCGCUUAUUACUCCCCCGCCGGAAUACACCACUAUCGUCGGCGAUGGCGAUCGCGAGAGUGUGCUUGAAGAUUACUUCUCGCGGUUAUCGUUCUACGAGGAGCAUGAGGAUGAUGAUCGGGGACGGGGUCGUGUCGAUGUCCCUCUUACGCCUGGUGGCCGUGUUAAUCGCAGUAUGGAUGUUCCGCGUGAAUGGGUGCGUAUCGAGGAUUAUUUCCAGUAA